AUGUCUCCGUCGACCACCAGUCCUCCUCGCCUCUGCUGCUCGCCUCCCCCUUGCUCGCCUCCCCCCUGUCAGAAACCGCCUCGGCCGUGCUCGCCGUCCUCGGUGGUUGCUUCGUCUUGCCGUCGCGUCCACGACAGUCGGCCGUUUCCACUCCCCUUUUCCGUGACGAGGCCCUUUUUUGCCCUGCCCAAUCUCACCUCGACCAGCGUCGUCGCGCCCUCCACGGCUCAAGGCAGGGCCAUUCCCGUGGACGACACAACGGCCGAGCAUCGCACGUCGGCGCUGCGCGAGCUGAGCAGCCAUUAUCCCAGCCGGCACCGGCACCGGCCCCGGCACCGGCACGACAACUCGACAGGCGCGCCCCAGUCGAGCACCUACGCCGAACCCGUCGUCGUGCGCAGCUACUACCCCGCGGCCCUGACCCAGCACGACAAGCCCGCUCGGCGCCGGGCUGGCGGCCGCGGUCGCAGCGGGGCCGUGCCCGGGUCUGACGCUGGCGGGCCGGCCACCGGCGCGGCCCGAACCCUGCCCUUUGCCAGCAAAACGAUAACCCUGGCCAACGGGACCGGCAUGAUGAGCACCAUGACCCGGGCCUACAACAGGAAGAGGUCCGCCGCGGCGGCAGGGGCCCAGCACCAGCAGCAAGAGGCGCGCCUGCCCCCCGUCGAGGCGUUUAGUUUCAGGAGCUUCCUGGCAAACCAGGAAGCCGGCGCGGGCGCGGGCGCGGGCGGGGCGGAUUUGAAUUCCGACCUGGACAGGAUAGCGGAAAUCUGCGCCAGGUCGAGGUACUCGCUGAGCAACCAGUACGAGGUCCACCACACCCCCCACGGAUGCGGAGCCUCGCCCCUCGCGUCUGCGCAGAGCCAGCAGCAGCCUCGAGGCGGCCCGACCUUGCAGGUGCAGGCCGUGCCGUCCGACGACGAGGGGGACGCGAGAGCCGCCCGGAGGGAGGAGGAGGAGAAGAAGAAGAAGAAGAAGAAGAAGAAGAAGAGGCAGGCCGCCGGGAGGAACAGCCGAGCGGUGGGCACGCUCGAGACCAUCAUGUCGUCGAGUCGGUCGUCGGACGAGGACCGGUCCAGCAAGAGGUGCGCCGCCCCGGAGCCGGCCGACAAGGCCCGCGGGCGCAGCGCCAGGAAGGCGCCGGGGCCCUCGUCAUCAUCGCCCACGGCAUGCCUCUGCCGCAGCGGACGGCGGCCAUCCACCUCGCUGGCCCUGAUGAGGGGCUCGAGGCAGGGCGGCGCGCCGACGACGGACGCGGCAGCAGCUCGGACGGCGUCCGCCGCGGCGCUGCUCAGCGAGCCGGCCCUUCCGCAAGCCUCGACCCGUCAGCUGGUGACGCGGACAAGGAUGGACGCCGAGGCGGCGCGCCAGCCGGACGGACAAGACGUCGCUGGAGCAGGAGCAGGAGCAGGCGCAGGCGCAGGCGCAGGCGCCGCGAGGAGCGCGCGGGGGGACGCGCCGGCGGGCGGCCUGGUCUCCGCCCUGGCGGGCUGGCUGCCGUGGAUGCCGUCGUCGGGGCGCGCCAAGCCCGACCGGGGACGUGCGGAGGGCAGCCUGAGGAAUCUCUUCCACCAGGCGGAGCAGGGCAAGGGCAAAUCGACCGUGUAG